UAAUGAGCAAGUUUCACUGUUGGGAGAUAGCAAACGUUGGGCGUUCUUUGUUUAGUAAGUCCCGUGACCUGACGAGUCAACCACCACUACGCACGAGACUGCACGCCGACUCGAAAUGAAAACUGCAGCUACAUCAGAGAGGCGUUUACUCAGCUCUGUUUCCUGACGUACCGCGAGGGAAUCCUUCGCGUUGUGUCCAAGUCAAUAUCAUGUCGCAAAUAAAAGAAGAUGAAAACGACACUUGUGGAGAAACCAAUUUAUUAUGCGAUGAAAGAACACCACUUACAGGAGCGCCAGAUCAAUCAGUAUCCGGGGAAGGGGCGGAUUUUGAAACAGCCCUUUCGCUCACAGGGUACGGCAAGUUCCACAUCUGCCUCAUGCUGGCAUCGUUCCCCGGCGUCAUGACCAACCUGUUCGACUCCAGCGUCAUGUCGUACGUCCUGCCGUCGGCGGUGUGCGAUCUGCAGCUGAGCAACUUCGACAAGGGCGUGCUGAACGCCAUCACUUACGGAGGCAUGAUCUGCAGCGCCUUCAUGUGGGGGUUCCUGUCCGACUCGCUGGGGCGCCAGAGGCUGCUGGUGGCCGGCUUCUUCCUCGACGCCGCCUUCAACCUGCUGUCCAGCUUCUCGCAGGGCUUCGGCGCGCUGGUGGCGCUGCGCUUCGUCUGCGGCUUCAUCAUCAGUGGUCCCCACGCGAUGCUCCUGUCUUUCCUUGCGGAGUUUCACAGCGAGGCGCACCGCGCUAGGAUGAUCAUUCUGACGGGAGUGUACGGCGCUAUCGCCUACAUUCUGGUUCCAGGCCUGGCGUGGGUAAUCAUCCCCAAGCCGUGGUCGUGGUCCCUGCUGGGCGGCCGCGUCACCUACAACUCGUGGCGAGUGUUCGUGGCGGUGUGCAGUCUCCCCAGCCUGCUGGCCGGCGGCCUCAUGCUGUGCUUCGACGAGAGCCCCAAGUUCCUGGUGUCGCGCGGCAGGCUGGACGAGGCGCUGCAGGUCCUCCAGAACAUGUACAGCGUCAACUCUGGCAGGCCGCCCGACACCUACCCGGUAAAAUACCUCCAACUGGACCGAGUUCAGAACAAGCCAUCAAGCAAACUCUACGAUUAUAAUCCAUCGUCUAGCAAAAUAUUCAUUCUUCUCGAGUCUGGGUGGAAACAAGUGAAGCCACUCUUCAAAUUCCCCCACAUAAUGAGUGCUGUCCUCGUGUUCUCUAUACAGUUCGGGUCUAUGUUCAGCUUAAACACAAUUCGCCUGUGGAUGCCCCAGAUGUUCUUCAUAAUGGAGGAAUUCGACAAGCUGCAGGACAACUCCACGGACGGAUCUCUGGACCACUUCUCCCUGUGCGAGAUGGUGGACUUCUCCGAGCAGCUGGCUCUGAACCAUUCCAUGAUACCCUACGCGGUCGAGGAGCCUUGCUCCGUGAACGUGGUCAAAAGCCAGAUGUACCUGAACUCUGUGAUCGUCGGCCUGGUCACAGGCGCCGUCUACCUGUGCGCCGGAGCUCUGAUCAACACCAUGGGGAGGAAGAGACUCUUGAUUGUUGGCUUCGUUUCUUCUACAAUAUGCGCAGCGUAUAUUUAUUGGUCCCGCAAUACCAACAUUACAAUCGCAGUGAUUUCUGUGUUCCUUGCUGCGUCUUCUGUAACAGGGAAAGCGGUUGUCAGCGUGGUGGUAGACCUGUUUCCUACAAGUCUCAGGGCGAUGGCUGUCAGCUUGACCAUGAUGUUCGGGAGAUCAGGAUCUUUGAUAGGAAAUCUUAUUUUUCCUGCGCUUCUAGACUUAAACUGCAGCAUUCCAUUUUUCCUAGUCAGUGGCAUUACUCUGUGUAAGUACAGUUCACGUUCAGCAACAUUUGAUAAUAUUCGUAGAAACCGACUUUACAUAAUUUUUAAAGUUGUUACUUUCCUUUGUGUUUUUUUUAUUAAUGGUGGGUAGGCACUAUAUCAGUCCAAAUAUAUUUAAGAGGGAGUUAAUGAGUAUUCUUAUAGUCCUUAAUAUUACUUAUUCAACGCAAACACAGUUCUAGCUAACAUAAUAAAACUCUGAUCUACGUCACAACCCAUUCACUAAAAUUGCUUUUAAAUAAACACUUUUCACGGCGUUUUAGAUUUGUGGUAUUAGUGCCUGCCAUCUUGUUUUUUUUUUUGUUUUUUUUCCAAAUGUCAAGACACAGGUUGCGGUUAAACAUCCGUAUUGUCUUUUAUCUCCAGGCAUAUCAUAGGACUUCGUUUUGGGCACUUGUUGAAGUCAACAUUCGUGAAAAGAGCAUAAUUACGACAGUUGUAGUCGUAGUAUCCCUGAGGUUCCAGGCCGUGACUUGUUAUGCCAGAAAUUUGAAUAGAUAACACAAAAUUUAACUUACAGCAGAAAUAAGGCAAAUCCGAGAUGGCGGAGGCAAAUUACCUCUGUGCUCUGGAGGCCGUCGAUGUAGGGAGAUUAUCUUCAUCUCAGUACGUAAGACUAUCGCCUUCACGCACCCAACGAAAGUUGGAAACACUUUUGACUAAGGCAUACUCGAUAAUAUCGAUUAUAUUGAUAACUCGAUAACUUGACAACACUGAAAUAUCUUCUUAGAUUCAUAUUACGACAAACGCACAGUGCAAAAAAAAAAAAAAAGAGAGAGAGAUAAAUAGGGAGAGAUUCUGAGAGUAAGGAGGAUGGAGGUGAUAUUUAUACAGUCGUUCACCCAAAAUUAUUUGAAUACCGAUAAUAUUUUAGAUUUUUUGUGAUCACACAUACAUUUUUUGUUACGUUUUGACAGUGAAUUAAACUACUUUAAAUGGCCAAUUUGUCAAAUUCAAGAUGUAAAAUUAGUUAUUCUAUAAAAUGACAUCAGGCAAUAGCUCUAACUAAUAUUAAUAUUAAAUGAAUGAUUCUAAAAAUAUUGCCAAAUAAACAAUAUCACACAAACUAUAUACAACACGUAUUGUAUUUCAUAAAAUCGUUAUAUAAUUUUUAUAUGGUUUAAUGUAUCAACGUAAGUGAUAUGCUUAUGGUAGUUAGGAUAGAUAUAGAAAUAACUCAAUAGUAUUGUUGUAUAACCAGCCCAAUUAUUGUCUACAUUCAACUUUAUUUUUUCUCCCAAAAUAAAAUAUACUAAUAUUUUACUUUUAUAAACACGAGAAAAUAAUAACUUGCAAACCAAUUUCAAUCAUAUAAAUUUAUAAAAAAAAAAUUUUUUAAUGACUACAACUAUGAAAAAUGUAUAGCAAACGAACAUCAAAUGUUUGACAGGAACGUAAUGGACCCAAAUUAUUGACACAUACUGUAUUUGGGUGUAUGUAAAUCUCUUGUGCAUGUCUUAUGUUUUUAUUUUUGUGUUUCAGUUUGUUCGUGCUUAAGUUCCUUGUUGCCAAUACGCAUAGGAAAGAAUUCCAGCUGAACAGUCAUAGAAAAUCAACCAGCACAUUUAACAGUUACAGCAUUAUGAAGAUUUUUUGCUUAAAAUUAUUUGUGUUCGUCGUUUUUGUGCAAAUUUGUAACUAACUAGGCUAACUAAAGAGUUACAAAUGUAUGUGAGUUAUUUAUAUUAAACGACAGUCGAUUAAAUUAAAUCAGUAUUUAAAAUUA